AUGGAAUCUAGCGUAGCGACCGGGUGGACCUGGAAGGGUCCUACAACGCUAGUGUUCCUGCGUACCUCUACCGCUGUCAAAGGCUGGGCGUGCAACACCCUUAAAAGUGACAGGAGUUACGGCGCCUCGUACAACCGCGGUAGUCACGAGCCACCCCAUGUCAGGUGUAGUGGUUCCGCCAUUGUUUUUACGACACUAGAACACAGCACCGCUCGAGGUUCCCGCCACCGGAGCAGCACUAGAAACAUGCGCAGUAGUUCCGCCGUUGUUCGUACGACAGUAGAAGACAGCGCCACUCGACGCCCUCGCCUCCUGAGCAGCACUAGAACCACCCGUCGCAGCAGGACCGCGGGGAGCACUGGGAGAAGAGCCUAG